AUGGGUACAACUGCCUCCAAGCAAGACCGCAACACCGCAUUGCAGCUCUGCAAGGGUCGUCUGAAACACAUUGAACAAGCAAUCGAUGCAAGGUAUGCCCUUUCGGCUGCUCAUCUGUCGUACGAGCAGUCUCUGCGCAAUGUCGGCGUUGCUUUGAGGCAGUUUGUGGAGUCACACCAUGAGGGUGAUCCGGACAAGUCCCCUCGCUCUUCGUCUGCUUUACCAUCCCCAUUGCCACCUGCAGACAAUUCUAAAAUUUCACUACUGAAAGUGCCCCGCCAUUCUGAUAUUAGUCGCUUGAGGUCAGAAGUAAGCCCAUCCUUGACAGUGACAGUCAACCCAAGUGAUGGUGAUGCUAGUUUUAUCAAAAAAGGGCAGCCCAUUCCGACUUCGGUUUCACCACCGUUGUCUCCGGAAUUUUGCCCCCCAUGGGAUUUCUUUGAACCAAAUGAUGUGAGUGAAAAUGUUGCUACCCAUGUCUCAGAGAACUGCGAGGCAACUUUGGAUGAUUUUGGUCAUGCCGAUGGAAGGGAUCAAGCUUCCUCGAUCAAAAACACUAGUCAAAUAGCUGAGGUGCAAGAACAGUUGGGAACACAUGGAUGUAAAGACCUCGAUGACAAUUUUGAACAUCUUAAGUCAAAUCGCAAUGACUGUAAUGAAAUUGAGAUUGCUGAUACAGACUUACCAAAUGACUCAAGCUUACACAAAGAACCUGAUCAAGUGCAGACACAGAAUGUGGAGGGGCAAAAUCCUACACGUACUACUGACAAAAGAAAAAUUGAAGCCCACUCUGUAGACAAGGUUAAUGUACCAAAAAUAUCUACUGAAAGGGAAGAAGAAAGGGGCAGUUCCAUCACCAGCGUAUCAAAAGAUUUUCUGUCUGAUGUGAAAGAACUCGAGCGCCAAUUUGCUCGGGCAGCUGAGUGUUGCCAUGGGGUCUCAAGGAUGCUUGAGACAAGGAAGAUUCGACUAAGCUUUUCUACCAAGAUAACAGGGAAACCAUCAUGUGCACUUUCUCUGUCAGCAUCCUUGCUCUGCUGCAAUGCUGGAAAUGUAGCUUCCCAUGAAUCAGAGCAGCAUGUCACAAAAGUGAUCGCUUGGAAUCGCUCACUUUCAUCACGAUCUUCAUCAUAUAAGAAUCCACUAUUUUCAGCUCAAAAGGAUGAUGACCCUCCAGAAAGCAUUAGCGAUUUUGUUGAAGAGUUUUGUAUGAUUUCAGGAAGUCAUGCAUCCUCUUUAGAUAGACUCUAUGCUUGGGAAAUAAAGAUUUAUCAUGAGUUAAAGAAUAUUGAAUCAAUCCAGCAGAUAUACGACGAAAAAUGUGCUCAGCUAAGCCAUCAAUGUGCCAGGGAUGCAGAUGCCAGGCAAGUUGACAAAACUCGGUUUACUAUCAAAGGGUUGUAUUCGCGACUCGUGGUAGGAACUGAAGUGCUAUACUCAAUUUCAAAAACAAUUGAGAAGUUGCGAGAUGAAGAGUUGCAGCCUCAACUUCUUGAAUUACUACAAGGGCAGACACGCAUGUGGAGGGUGCUGGAGGAAGUUCACCAAAUGCAGCAGAAAAUUACCUCUCCAACAGAUGCAAAGCUCCCAGCAAUGUCUCCUCCAAGUGAGUCGCGCGGACAUGCCUUGAUGAACCUCAUCACUGAACUGGGAGUCUUCUACUCCAGUUUGGCAGGCUGGGUUGAUGGUUACAAAAACUAUGUGAGUGGUAUGCACUCCUGGCUGCAGAAAUGUGUGGUGCAACCACGAGACCGGUCAGGGGGAGGAAACCUGACCCUCUCGCCUCGCCAACACCUUGCUCCACCCCUAUUUGUUUUCUUGGGGGAUUUGUCCGCAGGAAUGUCAUCGCUCCCGUCUGAAGAAUCAUGCGAUUCCAUCAAGAACCUUGCAGCAGAUCUCAAGAAAAUGUACAAGCACCAGGCAGCAGAACAGAAGAAGGCAGCGAAGAAGAGAUCUUCAGACGCUGGGGCAGAGCGUGACAAAUCGUCAGAGACUGAAUCAGAUAUGGCAACCCUGCAGGGCGGUCUGACCGCAAUGUUCGAUCGACUCUCGAAGCUCUCAGGUGCCAUGGCCAGCCUGGCUGAAAAUGUGAAACGGGAGGCGGAGGUCGCCCGGGAGGCGUACGCCAUCGGUCGCCUCACAGAGUAA